GGCCCUCCCCUCCCCCUGGUCUCUCUUCCUCCCUUGUUUUUCCCUUUUCGUGGGCAGCUUGUCUCUCUCACUCUCUGUCCCUGUUGGCCCCAUUCUUUCUCCCGUCGUUUCAAGCCGAAUUUCCCACCCUGUCAAAAAAUUAAUUCUUAUUGCUCCUUAUCACCCUCCUGUGUAAUCAUAAUUGGUGCCCUCUUCUUGUUCCCACAUUCCAGAUCUGCAGCGGAGCCAUCGUGACCGACGUGGGUCUGCCGAACUCGAUCGAAUUAUUCACCGUCAUCACCACCACCAUCACCACCGUCUGACCACACCUACUCUCCGUAACCUUGGUUGCAUGGUGUCGCGCUUCAUCCCUCUUUAGCCAUGGGUUCGACACAAUUUGGCAAUUUCAACGACUUUUGUCGAGAUUCCACACUGCCCGUCUGCAAUCUCUUUGUCUCCAACAACCAACCCCCUAAUGAGGCGUACGGAGGAUGCCCGCUUCACGGUAUCGAACUCAGCGAUAACCGCUAUCUCAGCAAUCUGGGCUCGAUUCUUCUCGCGUUCGUUUCCAUCCUAGUAUCGCUGUUCCUGCUCUUCAGGUCGGAUCGCAAACGGGCGGCAGUCGGAAGGAGGGAAAUGCAAAUAUUUCUGCUGGCAUUUAUCGUCGUUGAAAUCUGCGAGAUCUUCUCUGUGGGCGGCUUCCCUCUGGAUGCAGCAGUGCGCAAGGGCUUCUCCGCUGCACAUGUCGCUGCAAUCACCGCAACGUGCUGGAUUCUUUUUCUAAAUGCCGUGGUGGGCUAUCAAUUCCUCGACGACGGUACCCCGGCCUCAAUCGGUCUAAUCCUCGCCUCCGCCCUGGUUCUCUUCAUUGGAACGGGCUAUAUCGCCCUGGACACGGCUUUCGAUUGGACUGGUGAAUUCGCGACAACCGAGGCAAACAACUAUCGCAACAUUGCCCUCUAUGUGCUGUACCAGCUCUUUCCUCUCAUCUGCCUCGUCGCGUUUUAUGUGUUGGAGGCUGUCCUAGUUGUUCGGAUCUUGGGCGAAGUUCGACCAAUGAUCUACUUAACUGCUGCCGCCCUGUUAUUCGCUAUCGGACAAAUCUUCGAAUACGUGAUCAGCGUUCACCUCUGCCACGCCUCCGGCAGCAAGAUCAACGGCGCAUUGUUCGAGACACUAUUCACUCUUUUGGCAGUUGGGACGAUAUGGAGCUUCUGGAGCAGCAUUACCGAAGACGAUUGGCCUAUGCCGAUAACAACCGGAGGUGCAUACCAUUAGAGCACUCAGUGCGGAAAGCUCCUCUUCCCCAUUAAUACUCCCCUCAUUCCCUCCUCAUGUCCGACUUGUUUAUAUUACUUCUCUACGAUCCUUGCACAUCGGUGCUUCGAUACCCGCCCUUUGCUCUUCGCAUACUCGACGCGUCCACGGAGUUUACGACGGGCUAUGUUCUCGCCAUCUUUUGUGAUACCUUUUUACGUUUUAUGAUGUUUUUGAUGCGACGUGGUGUGGUUUUAUGCUUCGAUUAUGACUUGAUUCUAUCUACUGUGGGAUGUGAU